GAGGAAGUUGUGCGCUCUGGGGCGGGGCUCCCGGCAGCCAAUGAGAGGCCGUUGGGUGGGAAUUGGGAGCGAGUGGCCGGCGCUGGGACUGGAUCGAGUCGCUGGGGAUGACGGCGCCGAGCCGCGGGGAGAGCGCGGGGCCGCCGCCCAGCACAAAGCCGGUGCAUGAAAAAGCAGCUUCCCUGAAGAGCUCUGAGCUCAUGCACAGCCAGGAGAAACUGGAGGCGUCUCAUAAGGAGAAGAGCUUGGAUGCCCUGGAUGGCAGUUUGCAUCUGAAUGAAGCUCUGAAGGAUGAAGAAAUAAAGAAAUGUCUCAGAGAAGCGACACCAAAUAAAUACAACUCGCAGUACCACAAGCUGUUCAAGGACAUCCCCACGGAGGAGAGUGUCUUGAAAGUCUGCUCCUGUGCGCUCCAGAGAGACAUCCUCAUCCAAGGACGGCUCUACAUCUCCCCCAACUGGCUCUGCUUCUAUGCAAACCUCUUCGGGAAGGACAUCAAGGUGGUUAUCCCAGUGGUCUCGGUUCAAUUGAUAAAAAAGCACAAAACGGCCCGGCUGCUGCCCAAUGGGCUGGCUAUCACCACCAAUGCCAGCAGAAAGUACAUCUUUGUGUCCUUGAUCUCUCGAGACAGUGUGUACGAUGUGCUGAGGAGAGUCUGCACGCACCUACAGGUUUCAAGUAAGAAGAGUUUGAGUUUGAAAGAAUUCACAGAGGAACCUGAUUCCGUAUCCCUGGAGGUGAUUGUCCCAGAAGUGAAGUGGAGGAAGGUUUCCCCAGCAUCUCUCUCCCUAUCUCUCCCGGAUGCAGACUACCAGUGCAUCCACCGAGCGUCCAUCAGCAGCCUCAGCACCAAGGAGAGCUCUUUUAAUUCCGAGGAGCCCCUGGUAUCAGAAAGUGCAAUAAAUACAGAAGAGGAGGAAUUGGAGGAGGAACCAAACUAUGUAGCAGAGCUGAGACCGUCUGAUUAUCAGCUCUUGAAAAUCUUCAUCGUACUGAUCUGCCUCCUGGUUGUGUCCUCGUCAUAUCUGGCAUUCCGGAUCUUCCGUCUGGAGCAGCAGCUCUGCUCUCUGAAUCGGGACUACCUCUCACGCGGGCACCGGAGGUGACCGUCGCCCCAGAGCUGUGGCUCACGAUGGACUUUGACAGGAAAAUAGCAUUUUGUGUACAGAUCUCCAGGGCGUCCUACUGGUGAGCGUGUCUGCAAUAUCGAGAGAGUCUGAAUCCAGGAUUGCUCACUCUUUUAUUCCAUGUUAUUUCUGGCUCGUGACACCUCCUUUUGCAAUUGCAAAACCCCACAUCCCUCCCUCCCUUGGCCCGUCAUGCUAUGGGAUCGGACUGGAGCCCAGCAGGCCAUCCAUGCAGUCACUUCUUCCAAGCGAUAGCCACCUCUUUGUACAAAACCCGCUGCCAAGCAUUGACUGUUUAUCAGAGUCUUGGGUGCAGCUUCGUUGGACGGCGGCUCGAGCUGCAUCUCCAGCCGGAUUCUGAGAGCAAGUAAGAACAGUUAGUAGCUCGAUGGUCCAGGAAUCGUUUCUGUUGAGCAUAGGAGGUGUCACAGCAGCAUGCAAUCUGCUGCGCCCUUGAUCAGCACACUUAGGACCAAAUACUGUUGUUCUUCUACCAGCAGAGACUCCUGCUCAAGCAGGGACAGACUGUCAAUAUAGCCUGAGCUGCUGCCAGCAGGACUCCCCUUCUUUUCAAUUGGCAAGGGCCUGGUGCUAGUGAAACCACAUGUUCUUCCAGGGGCCUUGGCUUUGGCCCAGAUACACGGUGCCCGGAGCCAAAUCACCAUGAUAGCGGGAGACUCUAGCACAAUGACACCAGCAUUGGGCCAUCGUCGCAUCCAUCGGACGGUGGCACAACAGAUUACAGGUGACCGGGCCUUUCUGGUGUGACACUGCUGGGCCCACUCCUAGGACGACUCAGUGUUCAAGUUACCACCAUUUUUAUUCCUAAUUCUGUUCUGUUUUCUUUUUCAAGGACAACCGUGGACCUCCGUUAAGUGAGAAGCCCUGGUAGCAGAGACUGACCCUCCGUACAGAGCUCAGGAUGGGGGACACAGCUGGGGCAUGUUCUGUUCUCCCAGAACACACAUCCCACACUCAGCUAGUUCUCCUCAGGACGGAUUUCCUCUUGCCCUUCGGGGUUUCCACAUUACCCUUCCACACUGGGCCUUGGCCUAGCUGGGUCCCAAAUGCAUCUCUGCUUAGGUGCCAGUGUUCAUACUCAGGCAAUAGCUCAGUUACAGUAGUUGUCAUAACUUUCAGUGUAAAAAUUACAGCUCCAGUGAGAUGUCAGACAGGUUCGAGGCCUCUUGGCCUGAUACCUGCUGAAGUCAGGUUCUUCAGGUGGCAAUAGCAGACUGUUAGUUGUGGGGAUUCUUGUGUAACUCACAUCCCCUGUGAGGCUAGUGUGCGCAGCAUAGAUCAUGCUUAACUGUCCCACAUCCCUUCCAAAACGUACCACGGUCCCUGUGCCAGCGUUCCUUCAGGGCAGAAGAGGUGAAAAUAAAGGGAUGAGGUGGUUCGCUAACCCCAAAGCCCAGCCCCACCCAGCGCUAUGCAGAGUACGUGCCAUACUGUAAUAAUACUCUGCUGCACUGGGCAAUCCAGGGAAAGGGCAGCCCGCCCAUCCGCAAGCAGAUGCAAAUCAAGGCCGACCUGCACAGGGUAGAGUUUGGCAGUGGGGAGAUGAACGGGCUAGAAUUAGACCCCUCAUUCGGCUCCCUGAGGAGGCCAGAGGGACAGUUUAGAACAAGAUUCAGGAGGGCUCUGUUUGAAAGGCGUCUGCACUUUAAGGGAAAUACAGAGACUGGCCAGGAACCAGCAAUGCUGAGUCCAAACUUGGAGUGACGGUUGUCUGAUGGCAGUGCCAGGCAUGCUGUGUUCUCCACAUGGGGCUCCUCAGCACCCCAAGUUUCUAACCACAGGAGAGGGCUGUAUUGGAGCACCCCCAAAGAAGAGUCAAGAGGUGGGCCUGGAGCUGGCCUUUGGGUGGUGGGUUUGUAGUAGGAUGUAGCCCUGCUGCGAUCAGGAGCCAGCGAACACCUUAGAGAGGGCAGGAGGAAUAGCUGUGUCUGUGUUCCCUCAGAAGCUCUGUGUCGUCAAUAUCUAAAUGAAACUUCCAGUGCUCUGUGGCCUGACGCUGGGGAGUGCAGGGACUGAGCAAAAACCCUGCUGUACAUGGGGGGACAAUGGAGCUGUGGGGGAUGGGAUGGGAGGCAUGAGUGCAAUGCUAGAAGAGGCUGAGCUCAUAAAUAUUCAAAAGCCUGGCUGGGCUGAUGCAUAUUAGGAGUCCGGCCUGUUUAGCGUUCUAGAAGCACCUCUCGUACAGCCACUGUAACCAUGCACUUUAGGAGCCUGAUCCAAAGUCAAUGGAACGACUCGCAUUGACUCCAGCGGGCUUUGGAUCAGCCCCUCAUUCCCCUCACGCUGAAUAAAGCUGUCUCUGCAUCGCU